GGCCACCCUAGGGAGUGACCGUCCACGGCGCCAGGAUGGCCGGGGCCUCUGUGAAGGUGGCGGUGCGGGUGCGCCCCUUCAACUCCCGUGAGAUGAGCCGCGAGUCCAAGUGCAUCAUCCAGAUGACGGGGAGCACGACCACCAUCGUCAACCCCAAGCAGCCCAAGGAGACGCCCAAGAGCUUCAGCUUCGACUACUCCUACUGGUCACACACCUCGCCUGCGGAUCCCCAGUACGCCUCGCAGAGGCAGGUGUACCGCGACAUCGGUGAGGAGAUGCUGCAGCACGCCUUCGAGGGCUACAACGUCUGCAUCUUCGCCUAUGGCCAGACGGGCGCCGGCAAGUCCUACACCAUGAUGGGGCGGCAGGAGAAGGAGCAGCAGGGGAUCAUCCCGCAGCUCUGCGAAGACCUUUUCUCACGCAUCAACGACACCACCAACGACAACAUGGCCUAUUCGGUGGAGGUCAGCUACAUGGAGAUUUACUGCGAGCGCGUGCGGGACCUCCUGAACCCCAAGAACAAGGGCAACCUGCGUGUGAGGGAACACCCGCUGUUGGGCCCUUACGUGGAGGACCUGUCCAAGCUGGCCGUCACCUCCUACAACGACAUCCAGGACCUCAUGGACUCCGGCAACAAGGCCAGGACCGUGGCGGCCACCAACAUGAACGAGACCAGCAGUCGCUCCCACGCCGUCUUCAACAUCAUCUUCACUCAGAAACGCCACGAUGCAGAGACCGACGUGACCACCGAGAAGGUGAGCAAGAUCAGCCUGGUGGACCUGGCGGGGAGUGAGCGGGCGGACUCCACGGGGGCCAAGGGCACCCGCCUCAAGGAGGGCGCCAACAUCAACAAGUCCCUGACCACCCUGGGGAAGGUCAUCUCGGCCCUGGCUGAAAUGGACUCUGGGCCCAACAAGAACAAGAAAAAGAAGAAGACAGAUUUCAUCCCCUACCGAGACUCUGUGCUCACCUGGCUCCUGCGGGAGAACCUGGGAGGGAACUCAAGGACAGCAAUGGUGGCCGCCCUGAGCCCCGCAGACAUCAACUACGACGAGACCCUGAGCACCCUGAGGUACGCCGACCGGGCCAAGCAGAUCCGCUGCAACGCCGUCAUCAACGAGGACCCCAACAACAAGCUCAUCCGCGAGCUCAAGGACGAGGUGACCCGGCUGCGCGACCUGCUCUACGCCCAGGGCCUGGGCGACAUCACCGAGACCGGCACUCUGCCCGGAGGACCCAAAUUGACCAACGCGCUGGUGGGCAUGAGCCCGUCGUCCUCGCUCUCAGCCCUGUCCAGCCGCGCUGCCUCUGUGUCCAGCUUGCACGAGCGUCUCCUGUUCGCCCCUGGCAGCGAGGAAGCGAUCGAGAGGCUGAAGGAGACAGAAAAGAUCAUUGCUGAGCUCAAUGAAACCUGGGAAGAGAAACUGAGGCGCACAGAAGCCAUCCGAAUGGAGAGGGAAGCGCUGCUGGCAGAGAUGGGCGUGGCCAUGAGGGAGGACGGAGGCACGCUGGGGGUGUUUUCUCCCAAAAAGACGCCGCACCUGGUCAACCUGAACGAGGACCCGCUGAUGUCCGAGUGCCUCUUGUACUACAUCAAGGAUGGCGUUACCAGGGUGGGCCGCGAGGAUGGGGAGCGGCGGCAGGACAUCGUGCUGAGUGGACACUUCAUCAAGGAGGAGCACUGCAUCUUCCGGAGUGACGCGCUCGGGGACGGAGAAGCUGUGGUGACCCUGGAGCCCUGUGAGGGGGCCGACACCUACGUCAAUGGCAAGAAGGUCACGGAGCCCAGCAUCCUGCGGUCAGGAAACCGUAUCAUCAUGGGCAAGAGCCACGUGUUCCGCUUCAACCACCCAGAGCAGGCGCGGCAGGAGCGUGAGCGCACACCCUGUGCCGAGACGCCGGCCGAGCCCGUGGACUGGGCCUUCGCGCAGCGGGAGCUGCUGGAGAAGCAGGGCAUCGACAUGAAGCAGGAGAUGGAGCAGCGACUUCAGGAGUUGGAGGACCAGUACCGCCGAGAGCGAGAAGAGGCCACAUACCUGUUGGAGCAGCAGAGACUGGACUAUGAGAGCAAGCUGGAGGCCCUGCAGAAGCAGGUGGAGUCCAGGUACUACCCAGAGGUGAAUGAGGAGGAGGAGGAGCCAGAGGACGAAGUGCAGUGGACGGAGCGGGAAUGUGAGCUGGCGCUGUGGGCCUUCCGGAAGUGGAAGUGGUACCAGUUCACGUCCCUGCGGGACCUCCUGUGGGGCAACGCCAUCUUCCUCAAGGAGGCCAACGCCAUCAGCGUGGAGCUGAAGAAGAAGGUCCAGUUCCAGUUCGUGCUGCUCACAGACACACUCUACUCACCACUGCCCCCCGACCUGCUGCCCCCUGAGGCCGCCAAGGAGCGGGAGACGCGUCCCUUCCCCCGCACCAUCGUGGCCGUGGAGGUGCAGGACCAGAAGAACGGGGCCACCCACUACUGGACACUGGAGAAGCUCAGGCAACGGCUGGACCUGAUGCGGGAAAUGUAUGACCGGGCGGCUGAGGUCCCCUCCAGCGUCAUCGAGGACUGUGACAACGUGAUGACCGGCGGGGACCCGUUCUACGACCGCUUCCCCUGGUUCCGGCUGGUGGGCAGUUCAGUGGGCGCUGGCUGCGGCGGCUACCCUCUUCUCGACGCGUGCAUGAGCCAGCGCAUGGCUGCUCCCACCCCCUCCCCCACCUUCUCCAGCCCCGACUCCGACGCCACCGAGCCUGCCCUCGAGGAGCAGAGUGUGGGGGAGGAGGAGGAGGAGGAGGAGGAGGAGGAGGACCUGGAGGACGACGUGUUCCGGGAGCACGCGCUGUGUGGCGGCCGGGACCCAUUUUACGACCGGCCCCCGCUGUUCUGUUUAGUAGGAAGGGCCUUCGUGUACCUCAGCAACCUGCUGUACCCUGUGCCGCUGGUGCACCGCGUGGCCAUCGUCAGCGAGAAGGGCGAGGUCAAGGGCUUCCUGCGCGUGGCCGUCCAGGCCAUCUCAGCUGACGAGGAGGCCCCCGACUACGGCUCCGGCGUGCGCCAGUCGGGCACCGCCAGGAUCUCCUUUGACGACCAGCAUUUCGAGAAGUUCCAGUCUGAGUCCUGCCCAGUGGGGGGCCUGUCUCGAUCAGGGACCUCCCAGGAGGAGCUGCGGAUUGUGGAGGGCCAGGGCGGGGGUGCGGAUGCGGGGCCCUCGGCCGACGAGGUCAACAACAACACAUGCUCCGCCAUGUCCCCUGAGGGCCACCUCCUGGACAGUCCUGAGAAGGCCGUGGACGGGCCAGGGGAAGCGGCGCUGGACCACCUGCGUGUGGGCAGCAUCUUCACCUUCCGGGUGACGGUGCUGCAGGCCGCCAGCAUCUCGGCCGAGUACGCCGACAUCUUCUGCCAGUUCAACUUCAUCCACCGCCACGACGAGGCCUUCUCCACGGAGCCCCUGAAGAACACGGGCAGGGGCCCCCCACUGGGCUUCUACCAUGUGCAAAACAUCGCCGUGGAGGUGACGCGCUCCUUCGUGGAGUACGUCCGCAGCCAGCCCGUGGUGUUUGAGGUGUUCGGCCACUACCAGCAGCACCCCUUCCCGCCACUCUGCAAGGACGCCCUCAGCCCCCUGAGGCCCUCCCGUCGCCACUUCCCUCGGGUCAUGCCGCUGUCCAAGCCAGUGCCUGCCACCAAGCUCAGCACACUGGCGCGGCCCAGCCCUGGGCCCUGUCACUGCAAAUAUGACCUGCUGGUCUACUUCGAGAUCUGCGAGCUGGAGGCCAACGGAGACUACAUCCCUGCCGUGGUGGACCACCGAGGCGGCAUGCCCUGCAUGGGCACUUUCCUGCUGCACCAGGGCAUCCAGAGGCGCAUCACCGUGACGCUGCUUCACGAGAGCGGCAGCCACAUCCGCUGGAAGGAGGUCCGGGAGCUGGUGGUGGGCCGCAUCCGGAAUACCCCGGAGACGGAUGAGCCCCUCAUCGACCCCAACAUCCUCUCUCUCAGCGUCCUCUCUUCCGGCUAUGUCCACCCGGCCCAGGAUGACCGGCAGUUUCUUGAUUCGGACAUGCCUAGCGCUCCCUUCGGAGAUGAGUCUAGAACAUUCUACCAGUUUGAGGCCGCGUGGGACAGCUCCAUGCACAACUCACUGCUGCUGAACCGGGUCACGCCCUACCGAGAGAAGAUCUACAUGACACUCUCCGCCUACAUCGAGAUGGAGAACUGCACGCAGCCCGCCGUCAUCACCAAGGACUUCUGCAUGGUCUUCUAUUCUCGGGACGCCAAGCUGCCUGCUUCACGCUCCAUCCGCAGCCUGUUUGGCAGCGGGGGCCUUCGUGCCUCGGAGAGCAACCGGGUGACAGGCGUGUACGAGCUGAGCCUGUGCCACGUGGCCGACGCGGGCAGCCCAGGGAUGCAGAGGCGGCGCCGGAGGGUGCUGGACACGUCCGUGGCCUACGUGCGGGGCGAGGAGAACCUGGCGGGCUGGAGGCCGCGCAGCGACAGCCUCAUCCUGGACCACCAGUGGGAGCUGGAGAAGCUGAGCCUGCUGCAGGAGGUGGAGAAGACCCGGCACUACCUGCUCCUGCGGGAGAAGCUGGAGGCGGCGCAGCGCCACGGCCCCGAGGCCCUGACCCCGGGCAGCGAGGACGCGGACUCCCGGAGCUCGUCCAGCGCCUCCUCCCCGCUCUCGGCUGACGGGCGCCCCUCGCCCGACGAGGCCCCGAACGAGCGGCAGCGCGAACUGGCUGUCAAGUGCCUGCGCCUCCUCACGCACACCUUCAACCGCGAGUACUCCCACGGCCACGUCUGCGUCAGCGCCAGCGAGAGCAAGCUCUCGGAGAUGUCGGUCACUCUGCUGCGGGACCCGUCCAUGUCCCCCGUGGGGGCGGCCACGCUCACGCCCUCGUCCACGUGCCCGUCCCUGGUGGAGGGCCGGUACGGGGCCUCCGACGCGAGGACGCCGCCGCCCUGCUCGCGGCCCGCCAGCCCCGAGCCCGAGCCGCUGCCCGACGCCGCCGCCGCCGCCGCCGCCGGGAAGGCCGCCAGCCCGGGCCCCGCCGCCGAGCCGCCGCGCGCGCUGCUGCCCGACGUGCAGGAGAUCCGCGUGAGCCCCAUCGUGUCCAAGAAGGGCUUCCUGCACUUCCUGGAGCCGCACACGGCCGGCUGGGCCAAGCGCUUCGUGGUGGUGCGCCGGCCCUACGCCUACAUGUACAACAGCGAGCGCGACGCCGUGGAGCGCUUCGUGCUCAACCUGUCCACGGCGCAGGUGGAGUACAGCGAGGACCAGCAGGCCAUGCUCAAGACCCCCAACACCUUCGCCGUGUGCACCGAGCACCGGGGCAUCCUGCUGCGCGCCAACAGCGACAAGGACAUGCACGACUGGCUCUACGCCUUCAACCCGCUGCUGGCCGGCACUAUCCGGUCCAAGCUGUCGAGACGGAGGUCUGCGCAGAUGCGGGUGUGAGCCGGGCGCCCCGGCCGCCCCCCAGGCCGCCCC